CGGGAACUCGACCGCAACCCCGCUAGUAAUUGACUCUCAGUUUGCCCAUCAUGCCCGUUCCAUGGGAGGCGUUGAUUCCAUUUGGUCUGGUUGCUUCUAUGUUCGCUGCAGCGGGCACGCUGCUGAACAUCUCUAAGAGAGCACAGAAUCUGGGGAAGCCUCCCCGGUACCACAUUGAUACAUGGGACGAGAUGUUGAUGGACCGAGACAAGCGAUUGACGGGACACAUCCGGGGGCAGACAUCCAACGCUAUAGCACCGGAAGAGUUCAAGACGAAUAGCGUGUGGUAUACCGAGAGGACAAGAUAGACAGCGUUCGACAACGCUGCGAGCAUUCCAUUUCCCGUCCACAUUCUCGUGUAAUGUUGCAAUUGCAACCCAAGAACUACGCUUGCUCGUAUCAUAUAUCGCUCCAGUUUGAACAUCGUCAAACAUUCUCGGGUCACCGUCAACUAUCCAUCUCCCCUUUCAGCCAAUGCCAGACAACCCUGAUCUCGCUGUCCUCCAGAAUGUCCGAUCCUAAACUCGCCUCGUCCACAAACCCAUACCUUUGCUGCUCCAGCCUCGCUGACAGUGUGAUCAACUUUUGCUUCAGUGCAUCAUCU